GUAGGAGGAUCGCUCCUCUCUCCAGCUCUCACUUCUGAUCCGCGCAGCUCCCGGGUCUCUGGCUUCAGCUUUGUGCUGAGGCGCCGACACACCUACCAUCCUCUCUCCGACGGAUCGCUGACCUCCCCAUUCCUGUUCCUGUCUCCUGGAACCAUGUCUCUGGUAAGCCAGAAUGCGUGCCACCGCAACGCAGAGACCACUGUAGAUUACAGCGACUUCCAUGGUGAGAUGCAGGCUAUUAAUGCCUCCGGGUCCCCCACAUCCAUGCUAGUUCCUGAUGCUCCCCAGGGCCCUCAGGCGCCAAUCGACUCUCAGGGUGCUAGCGCUUCCCAGGCUGCGCAGGACCCGAACGACCUCGAGGUGCUGAUAGAUGAGCAGUCCCGACGUUUGGGGGCGCUCAGGGUCCACGACCCUCUAGAAGACAGGUCGAUUGCUUUGGUGAAUUUCAUGCGAAUGAAAAGCCAAAUCGAGGGGUCUAUUCAGCAGACAGAGAUGCUAGAGUUCCUCAGAGAAUACUCAGAUCAGUUCCCUGAGAUCCUCAGACGAGCCUCAGCCCAUCUGGACCAGGUCUUUGGGUUGAACCUGAGGGUUCUUGAUCCCCAGGCUGACAUCUACAACCUAAUCAGCAAACGGGGUCUCCAGACCACUGAUCGGAUAGCAGAAUCCCUGGACAUGCCAAAGGCAGGUCUCCUGGCCUUGGUCCUAGGCCACAUUCUCCUGAAUGGUAACCGAGCAAGAGAGGCUUCCAUUUGGGAUCUGUUGCUAAAGGUUGAUGUGUUAGAUGAGCCCCAGAGGAUCAACAUCCCCUUUGGGAACACAAGGAACCUCCUAACUACUGACUUUUUGCAUAUGCGGUUCUUGGAGUACUGGCCAGUGUAUGGCACUAAUCCCCUCGAAUUUGAGUUCUUGUGGGGCUCUAGAGCCCACAGGGAAAUCACAAAGAUGGAAGCCCUGAAGUUUGUGGCAGAGGCCCAUGAUGAAGAACCCUGGAGCUGGCCAGAAGAAUAUAAUAAGGCCCUGGAAGCUGACAAGGCCAAAGAAAGAAGCCAGGCUGCUGGCUUGGAGUUCUGGUCAGAGGACACUAUGAAUGAUAAGGCAAAUGAUUUGGUCCAGUUGGCCAUUAAUGUCACAGAGGAGUUGCUGCCUAUACAUCAGGAUGAGCUGUUGGCUCACACUGGCAAAGAAUUUGAGGACGUGUUCCCAAAUAUCCUCAGUCGAGCUACUGUAAUCCUUGAUCUGUUCUAUGGGUUCUCUCUGAUUGAGGUUGAUACCAGUGAGCACAUUUACCUCCUUGUCCAGCAACCAGAAUCAGAAGAAGAGCAAAUGAUGCUAGAGAGCCUGGGGAGACCCACUCAAGAAUAUUUGAUGCCAAUCCUGGGUUUGAUCUUCCUGAUGGGCAACCGUGUCAAAGAGGCCAGUGUCUGGAAUUUGCUUCGGAGAUUUGGUGUGGAUGUAGGGAGAAAGCAUGCCAUCACCUGCAAACUUAUGAGACAGCGCUACUUGGAAUGCAGGCCACUGUCCUAUUCUAAUCCAGUUGAAUAUGAGCUUCUGUGGGGUCCUCGAGCUCACCUUGAAACCACCAAAAUGAAAGCCUUGGAGUACAUGGCCAGGCUCUACAGAAAGCAACCACAGGACUGGCCAGAGCAAUUUAGGGAGGCUGUUGAAGAUGAGGAGGCCAGAGCCAGGUCUGAGGCAACUGCUAUGUUCUUCUUUGGCCCCAUGUGA